CAACACUACAAAUCUAUUACAUUUAUUGAGCUAAUGUGUAGUAAUGGCUCAAUAUGUCCUAGCAGGGACCGCAGGAUGUCCAAAGUAUGCUAGAGCUGAGAUUUUAGCAGACGACUUGUCAAUUAACCUACCAGAUUUUAAAGUACACAAGAUAGUAUUGUCGGAUGGAGAAUGGAAAGAAUGGUUGAAGAAUACCUGCUCCCAGCAUGGCUGGAAACACAGUUCCUCCCCUCUUGUUUGGAGAGAGCUAGUUGACAGAGGUGGGGCUGGAACCUACCUCGGAGGGUGGGAUGAUUUUAAGAAGAUGGCUGACCACUGGUACAGUUACAGUGACGGGCUAGAUGAUGGUAGUGUAAAAGAUAUAUCAUCUGAAAACAAAACUGGCUACGAGAGAGAUAAGGCAGCUUCAAUAAAAACACCAGUAACACCGGUCCACAUUAGUGUUAUCGGCGCUGCACAGCCCAUCGCUUAUCAGCUGCUUCCUCUUCUCUUUGAUUCUUGUUUUAAGGAUCAAAAUUUGGCUAUAAUACUCCAAGAUGUAGCUGAUCAUGCUCAAGAACUCGAUGGAAUAAAAAUGGAACUCGAUGAUUGUUCGUAUGGAGAACUUCACUCAGUGACAGUAACUCACUGUAUGAAGAACGCUGCAUCUAAAGCAGAUUAUCUUCUCAUUCUGGACCCUCUCGAUAACAAUUCCCAUCCAGACAGAUUCCAACUUCUCAAGACUAGCAGCUUGCUGUACAAGGACAUCGCUACUGCCAUCAAAGGCAUUGUCAAACCUGAAGCUAAAAUAGUGAUAAACGGCUACAAGGCAUGUUUAGGAGGAAUGUUGCUAAGACACCACGGAGUAACAUCAGACAAUAUUAGUGUUGUAGUGACACUAGACGAGCAGAGAAUGCGAGCUAAACUAGCUAAGAAACUUAUGGUCAUGCCAAGCGAUAUCUCGGGUAUAACUGUAUGGGGAAACGUACCAGUCCACCACGUUGCUAGUACAGCUAUUGGCACAGUUCGCAACCACGAGGGAGCCAUAACCGGUCCAGGAAGUUACAAUAAAACCGUUAUGGAGGCGGUCAAUGAAGAAACUUGGGAGUUUGCCAACGUGCAGAGUAGAGAUGAUAGAGACAAAAAGAUUUGUGAAAUGACAGGACGCAACGCAAAUAUGUCCUCCGCUCUGGCAAUCUACCGACACAUUGAAAGUUUGGUGAAAGGAAGCGAGAGUACAACCAUGGGCUGUCUCUCCACCGGCCAGUACGGCACAAAACCAGGCUGUGUGUUUGGAUUCCCGGUUUCAGUUUCUGACGGUGUGGUCACUGUGAAAGAGGUUGAUAGUAUUCCUGAGAAACUGAGGGAGAUUAUUGAUCUGCAGAAUGAGCAGCUACGUGCAGAGAAGAAGGUAGCAUUGGGUGAAUGUGACGACAUAGAAAAGGCCCUUAACUGUGUUGAACAAACGCUCUGGACCAUCCUAGAAACUCCUCAGCUGAAAAAACUGCUUGACGAGAAAGAAGGUGAAAGAAAAGCUAAAGAAGAGGCUGACAAAAAAGCUGCCGACAUCAAAGCUAAAGAAGAAGCAAAACGAAAAGCAGAGGAAGAGGCCCUGAAGAAAGCUGAGGAAGAGGCGGCUGCUGCAGCUGCAGCUGCCGCAGCUGAGGAAGAGGAAGAAAUAGACUAUGAUGCAGAUUGAUAGAGGAAGUGCCUACUAUUUAUGAUGGAAGAUUUUACUUUUUUGCAUCUUUGCAGACUUUUAUAUGUUGUGUUUUUUGUAUUUUAGGAACCAGAGAGUGGGUAUUCUUAGGGAUCAGAAUUUGCGAUUGUAACGAAACAUUGUUAAUAUGUACAGUAUACAUUCAUUUCUCACAAUUGUGCAUUUGUUUCAAUCUGUAAUUCUGGGUUCAUCUUUUGAGAUCGUAUUACUAAAUACUUGUUAGCAUUUGUUCUAUUUGUUCGCUUCAAAGAUGUUGUGAUUGUUCUUCCGCUAAAAAAGUAUGAUUUACACUGGUUUGAUAUUACAAUCUCCUUUUAGUUACCAUGUCUGCCACCUACAAAACAUCUGAGUCCAAAAGGGAGGAAUUCCGAAAGUACCUCGAAAAAGAGGGAGUUUUAGAUUCCCUCACCAAAAUUUUGGUUUGUCUGUAUGAAGAGCCGGAGAAACCCAUCAACGCUCUGGACUUCCUGAAGCAGCACCUCCAUGGAGGAUCACCAGAGAGCAAUGAUGUGGAAACCUUGAGACUCGAACUGCAAGAGCUGAGAACGAAGCACGAGGCAGUAGUUUCAGAGAAUGAGGUACUCAAAGCCAAACUUCAGGAGUACGAGACCCCUGCUGAGGAGAAGGAGGCUGAGAGUUAGUUGGCGUCUCACACGUCAAUUGCUUUGAGUCGAGUGGACAGAUAGAACUGUUAUUGUUUGUAUAGAAUACUGUGUAUAUUUGUAUCAGACCUUUUGUAAUUAAAGGCGAUUUCAAUCGCAGUUUUUCGGUUCAGGUUAUGCUCCAUCAAAAUGUUCGAAUAUAUGCUGAUCUAUCGAUUACAGUAUGACAAAUUCUAGUCAUGGUCUUAUAUGGCCAAUUAUUAUGGACCUAUAAAAGUAUCGCUUUCCAAAGUCAGAUUUAUCACUAUAAUUGCAUUAAGUUAUAAUUUCAAGUAUCGGUCCUGGUGACAAUAAGAUAUUCCGGUUAAAUGAUGAUUUUCCAGUUA